AUGGGUAAAGGAUAUUACACGUUAAAAUUCCAUAAUAAGGAGGAUAAAGCGAAGGCAAAAUCGCAUCUUAUUUGGGAUCUUCCCGCAGGCUCUUUAAGAUUGCGUGAUUGGGUUCGUUACUUUAAUCCUUACAAAGAAUCUUCUUCGUUAGCACAAGUGUGGGUUAGAAUUUAUUAUUUGCCUGUCGGUUUUUGGCACCCUGAAGUUUUAGCAGGCAUCGGACGUUGGCUUGGGCAGCCUCUGAAAAUUGAUGGUAAUUCUAUGGAUGAUGAAGUUGCGCACUUUGCGAGAAUUUUGGUGGAGAUCGAUUUAGCUCAACCUUUGCCAGAGACAAUGGCUAUUGAUGACGGUGAAUAUUCCUUUAAUAUUGAAUUCAACUAUGAGUAUCUCCCACUUUUUUGCACACGAUGUAGAAUAACUGGACACUCGGUGGAUAAAUGUCGGAAAGGGAAAAGGGUGACCAAGGCUGCUGAGGAAUUAGUUAAACCAAAAGAACCUGAGUGGCAUGCUGUUGGCAAAGAUGUGAACAAACCCUCCUCCUCAGGAAAGGACGUGUCGAAGGAGCUUGAGAAUAUUCUAGCUGCUGAGCCAGAAGAGCAACAAAAAGGAGCUCGGGACCGAAUCUCCUUGAAGCGAUGUGUUUUGAAUGAUCUGGGAUUUCAUGACACGGAAGUAGGAGCUGCUUCACAGCAAGGUUUUCAGCAAGAUCAAAACGUUGGUGGUCAUCAAGAUCUUGAGGUUACGAUAGUUCAGGAAAAUGAGCUUCAUUCUCCGAGGCGGAAUGAGGAGAAUAUUCAUGCUACAGAAAGAUCUGCUGGAAGGAAAGAUUCUACUCGUCAAAGAGUUCCUUCAGACCAUUUAGAGAAAAGAGUGGCUGGUGGUGGUCAUAGUGAGAUCGAGCUACAGAAGGUUUCUACUUCGGAUGGUGAGAAAGACGUUUUAGAGGAUACAGAAGGAUUGACGGAGAUGCACGUCUUGUCGUCAGGGAAAGCUAGUUCAGAGGAACGUGAGGAAACAAAUAUUGCUCUGGGGAAUGAAGUCUCGAUGGCAAAAGAGGAUCCUCCCAAACACGGUCGAGGCCGUCCUACAAGGCAAGACCAGGCAGCUCGUAAUCAUAAUAAAGCGCUCCUGAUGCAACAAGAGAGUAUUAAAAACCGUUUAAGGAAAUCAGUGGAGGCGGGUCACAGGCCAUGUGAUUUCAUGGUUGAUUAUAGUAACACUGAUAGUUUACGAGCAAUGGAUAACGUUGUGCACAAGCAAUGGGGUAAUGAAGCGGAUCUGGCCACUGAGUUCAUCGAGUCUCCCUCUUCUGGUCUUCGGUUUACGUGGUCUGGUCGCCGUUUUCUUCCACGUCAUGUGGAAUCCUUGCUUGAUAGAGCAAUCUUCUCUUCCAGUUUUGCGGAUCUUUGGACUGACAUUAAUACGCAUUGUAGAGCUGGCUUGGAUAAUGGUCGACGUUCUUUUAAGUUCCUGAAUAUGUGGGUGACUCACCCUAAUUUUCAGGAAAUGGUGGAUUCUUCUUGGACAGGGCAGCAAAAGCUGAUGGAGGUUCAGAAUAAGAUAUCGAUUUUGGGGUACACUAACGAGUACUUUGACGAGGAGGUCGAGGCUCAAGCCUCUUUAAGCACUCUUUUGGAUCGGGAGACCAUUCAACAUCACAUUAUUGAUUUCUUCUCAAACCUGUUUAAGGAGGAGGGGCAGGUUCACGUAGAGAGGGUUCUGCUUGAAGCGAUUAUUGAUCAAUAUGUUUCUGACGAGCAGAAUGAUAAUCUUACUGGUAUUCCUGACGAUGAUGAAAUCACGGCUUCGGUUUUUGGUAUGGAUGCUAAUAGCUCUCCUGGGCCCGACGGUUUCUCUGGUCGUUUUUGCCAAAGUUGUUGGAACACGAUCAAAGCUGACAUCUUUGUUGGGUUAGAGCUUUCUUCCUCAACUCUUAUUUGCCUGCUGGCUGUAAUGCCAGUUCUCCGUGUGAAUGGUUAUCAUGAGAGAUUUAUUAGAUGGAUCUCUAUCAUCUUUACUUCUGCUCGCAUCUCCAUUCUUUAUAAUGGGCAGUUGAGUGGCUAUUUUGCGUGUUCUAGAGGGGUGCGACAAGGAGACCCUCUCUCUCCUAUUCUUUUUGGUAUUGCUGAAGAUGUCUUGAGCCAUUUGUUCUUGAACUGUGUCCGAUCUAAGCAUCUGGUCCCUAUGGAUUUUAGUCGGAGGUCUCUAUUUCCCACUCAUCUUCUCUAUGCGGAUGACAUCUUGAUCUUUUGUAAAGCUACUGUGAAAAAUGCGCGUAAGAUCAAAGAGAUUCUCGACCUCUAUGGUGAGCUUUCUGGUCAGCUUUGUAAUCCUGUCAAAUCUCACGUGUUUUUUGGCUCUGGGUUUCUAACUCUAUCAAGAAUGGGGUUACUCGGUAAGGACUUCGCUCAUUCUAUCUUGAGCACGCGGUAUUUGACAAGGUUCGGUUAUGCCAAAGCUUAUCUGGCGUCUUUCCCGUUUUGGAUGGGAAUUCAGGAGCAUGUGAAUAAUUUGAUUGAUCACUCUUAUUCUUACGUUGGGACUGGUGAUCACACGUACUUUUGGCGUGAUGAUUGGCUGGGUUAUAAGUUGUGGGAAAAACUCCAUAUUCCGCCUUUUAUGCUGGAUUUUCUUAAUCAGGCGGUGUCUCACAUUUACAGGGAAGGAAACAAUGCAACUGACCUUAUGGCUAAUCAAAAUCGUUCGGAGGGCUGGUGGCCGUUUGCGAUUGAUGAGAUUAAGGAUGCCGUGUUGGGGACUUUUUUCGAACACCUGGUGCUCUCUGUUGGGUGGGUUCUUUUUGGAGGCGGCAGUUCAGUUGCUCGUUUUGCUAUGUGCCUGGUUGGCGCACUCUCUUCUGUUGGUGGGAUCUUUGGGGGCGUUGUAUGCAAAGGGCUGGUUGCUCGUUUGGUUUUGGAGCGUCAUGCUGCUGAUGGUGGCUGGGUCGGGCAGCCUCUCUGUCUUUUUGCAAGAUCUCGAGCGUGCUCGGAGCUGGGGAUGAGAAGGUCGUCCAUUGGCUGUUCUGCCGUGCCGGAGGGAGUCUAG